CUCUCUCUCAAUCUCAAUCUCAAGUGCCAGCUUAGCUUGUAGAUCCAAGGAGCUCUCCUCCUCUUCCUCCUCCUCCUGCAGUGUUCUUCUCUCCUUCUUCUCACUGUCCCUUCUUCCUCUCAGAUCCAUCUCUUCUCUCUCUCUCUCAAGAAUUGGGCACAUGAAGAGGCCCACUUGCAGAGGCUCCUCCAUGGCCAUCCUUCAGGACACCUCAGACCAGCAAGAUCAGGAGGAUAUGAGGUACACGGCGGAGCGGCAGGAUCAUCGGGUGGACGCCGCCGCCGCCGCCUACGAGGAGGAGGAGGAGGAGGAAGACGAUGACGAGGAGGUGGGGCGCGGCGGCGGCGGCAGCGGAGGGCUCGGGGAGAAGAAGCGGCGGCUGGCGGCGGAGCAGGUGCGGGCGCUGGAGCGGAGCUUCGAGGCGGACAACAAGCUGGACCCGGAGCGGAAGGCGCGGAUCGCCCGCGACCUCCGCCUCCACCCUCGCCAGGUCGCCGUCUGGUUCCAGAACCGCCGCGCCCGCUGGAAGACCAAGCAGAUCGAGCGCGACUUCGCCGCCCUCCGCUCCCGCCACGACGCCCUCCGCCUCGAGUGCGACUCCCUCCGCCGCGACAAGGACGCCCUCGCCGCAGAGAUCAUGGAGCUGAGGGAAAAGGUGGACAAGCAGAUGUCAGUGAAGCUGGAGACCGGCGACGAGCAGCCGACGUUGGCGUCGGUGGCUGCUACUGCUGCUGCGGCGGCGGCGGCGGCGGCCGCCACCGCCGGGCCGGCGGCCGUAUACAACACCAAGGACGGGUCGACGGACAGCGACUCGAGCGCGGUGUUCAACGAGGAGGCCUCCCCGUACUCCGGCGCGGCAAUCGACCACCACCACCACAACCCCAACCCCAACCCGGCGAGCUACACGGCGGCGGGGUUCACCUCCUUCUUCGCCGCCCCGUCAUCCACGCUCACCUCCUCCCUGUCCUUCCCUCCCAUGUUCCACGCCUCGCAUUUCGACCAAGAACUCCUCGCCGGCGCCGGCGCCGCAGCCGACGCCGCCGAUCUCGGCGCCACCGCCGGCUUCUUCGCCGCCGGCGAGGAGCACGGCGGCGGGCUAUCCUGGUACGGGGCCGAGGGUUGGUAGCAGCUAGAGCUAGCUAGCAAGUCAAGUGAGCUCAGCUCAGCUCAGCUCAGCUAGAGCUGAGCUUCUUGGUUUGGCAUGCAGCAGCUGGUUGGUGACGCCAUUGUUAAUUAAGAUGUAAAUUACGGCAUUUUCUUGUACAUGCAUGCAAGGGGGUAAUUAACUAUAAAAGUCAAUUUCUAUAGUAAAAACUCUGGCUAGGGCACAAGCAGACAUAUAUAUUAUACCCUGCAGCAAGGAGACAGUGAUUAAUUUUUACAGUUUUACCCUCCUUGUGCUCCUGUUUUUUUUUUUAAAUUUCCAGGCAUUAUUAAUUUCUCUCUUGGCAGAAUAAAUGUGGGCCAUACAGGGAGAUGACCAUACAUACAUCCAGGAACAUGCAUGGUAGGCACUAGGAGAGCAUAUAGUGGUUGAGUUGUGGGAAGAGGAGAGGUUAAUUAAUUAAU